AUGGCUAGUGAAUCCAUAGAAAGUAUGGUUUGGCGAAUCUUUCAGGGUAACCUUGGGCGAUCCAAGGUAGCUACCCUACACUUAGAGCAACUCAUAGGUGAAGCCGAAGUCCCGCCGGAUGUACUAAUCGUCCAGGAGCCCUAUCUAAUCGACGGGGCAAUAGCGGGAAUCCCCUUAGAGUGGAGGCGGAUACACCGCGAAAAGGGGGCAACGGCGAUCCUAGUCACCAAUCCAAACAUGGACGUGGCAAUUAAAUAUCUCAAUGCUUAUAUCGUAGCGGCAGAACUGACCACCCUGAGAAGGCGACUGAUAGUGAUAUCUGUCUACUUCCCCCCAUCCAUGCCCAUCGAUCCUUUUCUUGUAGAAUUGGACUUAGUACUGUCGUACUUCCCACCAACAGAAGUACUACUAGUGGCAGGAGACUGGAACGCCAAGCACGAGGCUUGGGGUUCUCCUCAAACCGAUGACCGAGGUACCUCCGUCAUGGAGACAGUAAACGGGGAAAGUUGGAUAGAUAUUGCUGUCGGUUCCGACUCACUAUGUGAUGCACAAGCUACCUGGCGGGUAAUUGAGGAUACCCCCAGCGAUCACAACUACCUAACCUAUGAGAUUGGUAGUAAAGAGUUCCGACAGCAAAGUCCAAGGUACAAAUUAAACGAAUUCCAAAUUCGUAAAGCCAUCCGACACUUCAGUAAGCAAGCGGAUGAGCUCCUCAGCAAGAUCCAAGAGGCAAGUACCAUUCAACAACUGGACGAAGCGGUCGAUAAAUUCAUGGGUUCCCUCAAAGCAGUGUGCGAUCAACACCUGCUAAGGAAGAACCUAAUCAGAGAUCGCAAAGUUCCAUGGUGGGAUAUGGAACUAAAGGUUAAGCGUAGUAAGUGCAGAGCACUAAGAAGGAGGUACACCAAGAGCAUGGUACCUCAAGAAAAGGCAUUACUCUUGCUGCGGUAUAAGCGUGAGAGAGCGACCUAUCGAAAAAUGAUAGGCCACAAAAAGAAAAUGAGUUGGCUCAAGUUCUGUGAAAGAACGGCCAGCAUUAACGCUUGGCAGCUUCCGUACAAGCUGGCCGCGGACAAAGUCUACCGCCCAGGCAACACUCGGUAG